UACUGUUAAAUUUUAAUUUAUAAAAUUAUGUUUUUCUGUUAAGUUUCUARCAAAAAAUGCAAAUUAUUUUUGUUUACAUAAACAUAAUCAACAUUUUUCAAAAUAAAAAUGACUAAAUCAUCAAAAAUAUUGUAUCAAAAUAUUGACAACGAAAAUGAAAAGAAAAUGUUUAACAAACAUAUAUAUAAUAAUAUCCGACAAAACAAUUUAAACAUUAAACGCCAUCCCAGAGGCGGCCGGUCGUCAUCGAUGUCUAUAAUAAUAAUUGGUUUUAUUGUUAUAAUAAUCAUUAUAGUUAUACUUUUGACCACAACUGGCAACAAAUUUAGUGAAGACUAUUAUUUUGAUGAUUUAAAUCAAACAGUCGGACAACCGGGUGAUAGUGAACGCACAGGUGUUGAACCAGUUGUCAAUUAUAUGCCAGAGUUGAUGAGUGACGGCGACGCAAAAAUCGUUGACUGCGGUUUGCCGUCGGACGGCAUAUAUCCCGAAAUUUUUACAUUGAGUCCGAAUCCAUUGAAUCUGUACUCAAAUUGGACGGUAAACUUGCGGUUCAAAAUCCGACGACCCGUUCAAUGGAAUACUAAUAUUAGGAUAAAAGUAGAGAAGCUAUUGUUUGGCAUCGAUUGGCUACGGAUACCGAUCCCUUGUUUUCUCGAUUAUUUCGGAUCAUGUGAUUUCAAUAUUUGUAAAGUACAGCAAAUACAUUGGGACGAACAGCUAUGCGAUUACAUACAGGAGCAGCAAAACAUUAACUGCCAUUGUCCCGAUAUAUUCAAAUUAGACCAUUUGUAUCUUGAUCAAUUUAUCUAUAAGCCACGCAUUGAUCGUAUAAUGAAAUAUUUUUCGUGGAUCGCAUCGGGUUGGUAUAGAGUGACAUCAAAAGUGUAUAAUAAGCGAACCAAUUACCAGUACAUGUGUCUUAUGCAUCGAAUCAAAUUGGAUGCAUCGGAUAAUAGUGAAGAUAAAAAAUAAGUGAUAUAUUAUUGACUUAACAAACAAACAUCAACUUUAUGUUUAUAUAAUAUAGAAAUUAAAAAU